CUGUUUUCCAUUGUGCUAUCGUCAAAACUGAGUCUGACUGUAAUGAACCACUAUUAGAAAGAGCUGUACUAAGAGCAACGUCAUCAUUACCCGAUAGAGGACCAGAAAAUGCAAGGCUUAACGGUGUUUAAAUGUGCCGUAGUAGCCUAAGAUUAAAUUUGCCUAAAGAAAAAUAUUGAUUUAAAUGCACAGCGUACUUAAAACAUUUGUACAUUCCGCAAUGACUUCGUCAAACAGGGUUCGUUGGGUGUUCGACUGUGGUAAUUGGUUUCCAUCGAAAAACGAUUGGUCUAAGAUUUCCCGUUCUAUUCAACCCGAAGAAAAAGAAAGAAUUGGUCGAUUCGUUUUUAAACGUGACGCCAAAAGCUCAAUCAUAGGGCAAUUAAUGAUUAUGAAAUAUUUAUCGCAAGUAACGCACAUACCUUGGUCAAAAAUUAAAAUUAAGAGAGACCAAAAUAAUAAGCCCGUCAUUGAUGGAUUUGAUCUAAACUUUAACGUUUCUCACGACGAAAAUCUCGUUGUGUUUGCUGGCGAGCAAAAUAAUACUGUAGGAAUCGAUAUCAUGAGAAAUCGUUAUAAAGGAGGGAAAAGUGUAAACGAGUUUUUUAGAAUUAUGCAUAGAAAUUUUAACUCAAAAGAAUGGCAAGUUAUUAAUAAAGGCUGCACUGAAGAACAAAAGAUUAACGCUUUCUAUAGAUUUUGGUGCUUGAAAGAAAGUUACGUAAAAGCAACGGGGACUGGAUUGACAGUUAAUCUUAAAAACAUUUGUUUCGUACCAAAAAGUGAUUUGAUAAAAAAUUAUUUUGUAACCAAUACACAGUUGUUCGUCGACGGACAACUAUUGUCUGAUUGGGUUUUUCAUGAAUAUUUGUAUGACAACAAUUACACCGUUACUGUUUGCUUAAAUAAACCAGUCGAUCCUAUAAAUUUCAAAUUUUUGACCUUUGAAGAGUUGACGAACAGUGCAGAAAUGAUUACGGAUGUAGAUGAACUCUAUUGUAAUAGUUUCAUGGCUAAAAGUGACUGCCCUUAAGGGUGUAGUUAAACAAAGACUUAUUAUUUAUUAGUUCUGCCAUUUGUCAUCAAACAAUAUAAGUUUAAGUUAUUUUACUUCUUUAGUGGUUAUUUAAUGUUCAUCAAAUUUAUGUUUUAUGUUAUGUAAUGAUUGCUGAACAUAUUUGUAUACAAUAUAUAUAUAUUUAGUUUAUUACAAAAAGUUGACGUACAAAUGGCAUUUAGGGGAAAACAUUAUUACACUAUAAUUCACUAUUGCAUGUGAUGUAUGUCUUUUGCAUUUUAACUUAGUAACUGAUUCUUAAUAUAAUAUUAUGUACGUUGUUUGUUAGAAAUUGUAAUAAAGGGGUCUUUACGAUUAUGUGUACCUUGUACAACUCGUUGCCAUGCAAUAGAAAAUGUUUUAUUGACUAGUACCAAUUAUGGGAAGUAACAAUAAUAAUGAAUGUAUACAUAUUAUUUUAUUAUACUCCUAUUUAUAAAAAUAAACUAAAAUAGUUAUGUUAAUGUAAAAAAAAAAAAAAACAUUUUAGAAGAUA